CCCGGUACGCUAAACGAACGAUAAACGCGAAAACCGAGAGGAUCGCGUCCUCAUCUCGCGACAAGUGCUAAUUUACCUGUAUAGAUGUAUAUAUACAUAGACACAAACGGUGCGUAUAAUCUCUCGCCGCGCGCUCUCCUUCGGGCAUCGAGCAACGAAAGUGCCAAGUGCGGCAAAAGCCGCGUCGGGUGUCCGCAUAGCGGCUGCCGCGAGAAAGAGACAGAAACAAGCCGGACGAACGUAUAGGAUCGAACGGCGGUCCAUGAUAUCGUUAUCCUGACGCGAGAGACAAGAGGAGAGUACAGCCAAGAAGAGACAUUACACACCGGGAUAACGAAGGCUUCCAGCCGAAGUUGAGGGAAAACAAGUGGAAUAAACCAUAUAAAUCAGCAGCAGCAGCAGCAGGAACCGCCGGCGCCGUGGGAAAAGCAAGCCGCUUGGAUGUUGGUGCGGCGGUGCGGCGGCGCAGCGGCGAGGAGGCUUCGCGGAGGUGGCGGCGGCGGCCGGGCCUCCUUGUCAUGUCAGCGGGCGGCGGGCCGCGUCUGCUGAACGGCGCUACGCCGGAGACGAGGCGGCGCCAGAAGCUUGCCGUCGACGAGGAUCAUCGUCAGGAUAACUGCAGCAACGACGACGAGCAGCAACUGGCCAACGCUAUUGGUAAGGUCAGCGAGGAGGAGGUGUCCAGAGGUGGAGUUGUCACCUACAACAUGGUGGCGGCGAUGAACGAGCACCUGUCGUCAUCGUCGGCGACGAACAGCGUACGUUCGACGACGACAGGCACAGUCAAAGACAAGAUAAAGGACCACAAUAAAGAUAAAGAGAAGAGCGGAGCAGCUGCUGAGGAUAGCAGCAAAGUUGUUGGUAUACUGGGUUUCCCCUGUGAUUUUGAUCACAUGUAUGCCAGUAUGACUGAUGGUGGAGCCCCGGCAACUGGCACUUCAGCACUAGGUGUCAGUCCUCUGAGAGGGAACGAAGCCAGACAAAAUGAUCUCACAGAGGUCAAACAUCUGAAGGAACUAUUACUCCUGCAUUUGGAUCUAAUUCAACAACAGUCCGAGCAAAUUGUAACUAAGGACAAGCUUCUGGCUGCUCUAAGGCAGGAAAAUGAAACGCUUAAACUGCGACUGGAGCGCAUGGACAGACGAGUGAACCUCCAGAAAAUGCGAUCAGAGAAUGCCGAAAAUGCAGUAGAUAACAUUGGACCCUGUUCACCGCCGAGCUUAAACGCAUCCUCAAACAGUCUUCCGUCGACAAGCGAGACUCACAAGAACGCGCAAUCCGAUUCUCACAGCCCGCAGUACAGCGAAAGCUUUAAAAUAAGGCUAAAUACCACUGGUGGUAUAACAACACUGAAACAAGAAUCGCCUGAAAAACAGGAAUUUAAACAAGAAAACAUGGGAGAAUCUUGGGAGAACAAGAAUAAAAAACGGAAGUCGGAUCCGACGGCUGUGACCAAUAGCGCCAAACGAAAAAGAGGCGUCUCCAGCUCGUCGACGAUAAGCAACGAUGCUUCUUCGACUGCACCGGAAAGUCUUGGUGGCAAAGGUCCCAGUCACGAGAGUUUAAAAAAGUCAGAGAAGAAAGGGAAAUCAUUGAUAAAAAGAGAGUGCUUUCUGACGACAGAAGAGCACUAUUACACAGCUGUAGGAGAGGCAAAUUAUGCACUUGCCCUUAAGGAUCGUUCAUCGCCGGAAGCUAACAGUAAAUCCUUGGAAGUUCCUAACUGGAGGGUAAAAGUCUACACUAGCUGUUACACAAUGGAAGGCACUGAAAACUUGGACGAUGAGAUUUUCAACAAGAGGCAUUUAAAACUUGAAAACGACGAGAGAAGACGGAAGCGCUGGGAUGUACAAAGGAUAAGGGAACAGAGACACAUUGAGAAGUUAAAAUCGAGACAAGAAAGGCAGAGUCAUCAUGCCACUUGCUACAACACGAAUCACACUGGGCCGUGUCCUUCCGCGCCGGAAGAAGAGAGUGUUACAACGAUGUGGCCAGAAGUUGAUCAAAUACAAAGCAUUCAAGUAGAUACUCAAUUGCCCAUUUCUGCAUUUGGAGCUUCUGUUCCUAGUUUUUCCCCAAGUGAGUUCUCUUUACCUUGGCUGAUCAAUUCGAAAUUGAAGGUUCGACGGCCCAAACGAUCAAGCAGCAGAAGAAGAAAAUCGUCCAGAAGAUAAAAAUGUUUUCGAGCAUCAAGUGCAAAGGUGAUUUUAAUUCAUAAAAAAAAAAAACAAUUUUAAUUGCCGUCAACGGUUUGUGCGGUGUCGAUCGCAUUUGACUUUUUAAUUAUCCCGAGUGCGUUAUUCCCGCUGUGUAUCAUAGGGCACCAAAGAUAUCCUUGUUAUUUUUAAUUUUUAUGAUUCUUUUUAAGAAACUUUUUUCAAUCAAUCGUCAGGAACAACCAUUUAUUUUGAUUUCCUUUAAAACUUCAUUGCGAUGCGACGAAUGUAUUUACAAGUCAGCGAAGUAAUGAGCUGAUUCUUUUUAAUAUUUCGUACCUGUAACCGGCGUCACGUUAUUUUUUGUUUUUUUUUUAUUCCAGGGAGUAUUUCGUAUGCGAAUAUAUACUUUAUAAGAUUUGAUAAAUUAUUGUCAGAUACUAAUGAAUUCUAUACAUUUAUUAUAAACGAACAAAAUGUGUCCUAUUAUAUUGAACGUUACUUUGGAGAAGAAAAGGAACAUUUGUAUAAAAUGUAGAGAUACUAAAAUGUACUGUGUAGUGUCCGUUGACAAAUCUUUGUAAAUUUUUCUCCGUGUAGGGGAGAAAGCGCCAUUAAUCGUCACAAGAAAAAUAGAAACGAAAUAUGCAUUAAGGAGGCCUAUGUUCAAUCAGCAAAUAUUGUAUUUAUAUUUUUUUUAAAGACAUCUAUAAAGUGUCACUGUAGCUCAGCUUCAUAAUCCUGAAUCAUGUUUGUGAAUUCAAGACAUCUUUAGAUUCAUCUUUCAUCUCAUAUUCUUUUUGUACUGUUGAUAUAUGUACUCUUUUAUUAUUUUUUCGAAUUAUAUGCCUAUAAGUUGAGAACUGAGUAUAAUUAUUAUUUUCUAUUAUCAGCAUCACAGUUACUUAAAGAUUGCAUCAAGCUACGUAUUUUUUUUCGGCAUAUAGAGGAGAGAAAGAAAAGGAAGCGAAUGUGAAAUCCCUUUGUAUGUUGUGCUUGAACUUGGGUAUUACCACGUGGUACGACUUUACUGUAGUAGAGCCAUAAGAGUUACAAAACAAACAAGCGUGGGCCUUCCAAGCUCUAGUUAAGAGUGAAAAAAUAUGAUAGUAUAUAAUAAUUCAGUUAGACAGGAUGCUGUGAUGUUACUGUCAGGUUUCGAGUAUAUGUGAGCAUAUUAUUUUCUACGAGCGAUGUAUCAUUUAGUGAUGAUUCGUUUAUUUAAACAGGGAGAUCAGUGUUGAGUGUAAUGUCUGCAGCGAAAGGAACUAUCAAAAGUGUGAUGUCUUACCUUAUCGUCGGAACUCAUGACAUUCUUAAUUCUUUUUUUAUAUUAUUACUUCUUUGGGCGGACUGUAGCUAGUAUCUAUGUGUCUAUACAAAACCUCAAGUAACUGGUAUAAUUACUGUGUAAUUGACCGUCCGUUGGAGCGAUUGGAAAAAAGAAAACCUUUAUUGAUGAGAGAGGCCUUGUGUACGAUACUUGUAUGAUUUUUUUUACCAUUGAAAAGCUUCUGAUUUUUCAAUUUACGCGUUGUUGCAUCUGCUUUAUGUAGAAACGGCGAAAUAUCUUUUUCCGCAAUCAUAUGCAUAUUUCAGUCCACCCUUGCAAAGGAAACUGUCACUCAUGUAGCAAGCGCCGUGGAUGCAAGACGUCUUACUCUUUUUUUAGACAUUGGCAUUUUCACUUUAAUUUCAGAUCUGCCUUACUUAUUGUACUAUGUAUAUAUUUCUGAUUAUAUUCUAGAAAUAAAAAAAAAAUGUAUAUGCGAAGAAAA